AUGACCCUUCCCUGCCCCAAUACGCCCGUCUCUCUUUCGCGUUCGCCUGUUUUUCUCUCAUCUCUCUCUUUCGUCUCGCCACGCGAAACCCGACCAAAGCACGGGCCCUCGCCGUUGUUAUGGAAUUCGAGUUCCAUUUCGGUGAAAUUGAGCUGCGCUUGCCUUGCUGCGUGCGACGAGAUUAAUAAUGUUCGCAACAAUGGCGGUGGUGACGCGUCGCAGGAAUGCGAGGAGUGCGUGGAAGUAAUGGUAGUUGGGAGCAGGAGAGAUGCUGUGCUGGAUUUCUGCUCCGGCUCUCCUUUCCUAUCCCCUGUUUUGAGAUUUUGGAAUAUUCUUGGUGCAGACACAGAAAAGAUGCAACUACAACAAAAGUCUAUUAGCCCAGGUAUCACUCCAAGAACUGUGGAUGAUUUCUUGCCUUGGCAGUCAUCUCAUAAAGCUGUUAUACUUGUUGCAAGUGCUGCUUAUGGCUCAGAACAUGUUACAGCGCUUGAGGUUCUUAGCAAUGUCAAGUCUGGAAAUGGAUUUGUGGUUGGCAUAAUAUUGAAGCCAUUUAGGUUCGAAGGACGAAGGCGCCAAGAUGAGGUCAAGGAUUUGCUGGAAAAAGUGAAAAAGCAGGCGAAUUUUUGUAUUGUUCUUGACACUGAUGCACUUCUUGAAAAUGAUCUUGUAACUCUGGAUGAAGCUCUAAAGACUUCCAACAAUGCUGUUUUGAUGGCCAUGAACACCAUAUCAAUUCUCUUAUCUGAGGAACAUAUAAAGCUUCUUAACACAAAAGAUAACUUGACCAGAGAACUUCAACUUCACGAGUUUAGAGAAAUUUUUGCAAGUUACACUGAAGCAAGGAUUGGGUUUGGAUCUGGAUACAAUGUCAAAAUUUCGCUUUUGCAAGCUAUAAAGGAUUGCCCUUUCUUGGGUGUGGACGUGAAGGAGCUUAAUGGAGUACUUCUAUGCAUCAUUGCAAGUUCAGGUGCCAUGGACUGCAGUGACGCAGACGUCUUGCGUACUGUUCGUGAGAUUACAAAGUGCAAUGGUGAAAUUAUCUUAUCUGUUGUUCGUGAGUCCAAUCUGGAGGCUAAUACAAUACUAGCUACCAUAAUUGUUUUCGGAUAUACCACUCAGCAGUUGGCUCCCAGAAAAGGCAUACUCUUUAGCCUGGGUCAGCAUUUCCCUUUUAUUUUCAAUAUCUUCAAAAAGCAACAUCAGAGAACCGUCAACUCUGGGAAGGCCUUUUUAUUUGAGAGUCCAGAUGUUUCUGAUGUAAUAAGUCCUGUGGCUGGUGGUCUGCCUAUUCCGGAAUCCUUGGUUAGUAGUACUUUUGAAGGCACAAAUGUUUCCUCGGGCAAAAUCCCACAAUUGUUGGGCGAGGCAGAUGGAGAAUUCUUUUCUUUGAGGGAUGACAGUAGCUCUCGAGAAAGUGGAGUCGAGUCAUUUGGGGCCAACUCUGAUUCUUCCAUUUAUAAAUUGAAUUCUGAAGGAACUCAGGUGUUCAACAGAGAACUCCGUACUAGAGGAAAUAUGGAGCCAGUAUAUUUGAAUAAAAGAUCAAAGGGUGGAACUAACUUUUCGGAGGUUGCUAUAGUCGACAGUGUCAGCAUCUACAAACUUCCCGUGGGUGUAAAAAAUUUAGAGAAGCUUGAAGAAACUCCUCACUCUUCAAACACUAAGGAAGGAGUAGCUUGGAGAAUUGAUGACAACAAAACGGACCAAGCUCGUGCUUGGCCUGGGUCAAGCAUGCCUUGGUCUGGAUUAAUAGAUGCUGAUCAAAACAAAAAUGUCCCUUCCCUCAGCACACAAAAUGCCACCAGCAAUUAUAAGCAGCAGGGAGUUCUUUCCAGUCGUGCUGCAUCCAUGUUGGAAUCAGAGAGGGAUUCACAGAACAAAUGGAGUCGCGUGGUUGAAAUGAAAUAUCGUGGAGGAAUAUACAGGGGCCGCAUUCAAGGAGGUCUUCCUGAAGGAAAGGGUCGCCUGUUGCUUGGGAAUGGAAGCAUCUAUGAUGGAAUGUGGCGCUACGGAAAGAGAUCAGGUUUAGGAACAUACUACUUUAACAGUGGAGAUGUUUUUCAGGGCUCAUGGAGGGACGAUGUCAUGCAUGGCAAGGGAUGGAUAUAUUUCCAUACUGGAGAUAGAUGGUUUGUGAACUUCUGGAAGGGAAAAGCAAAUGGAGAAGGCCGUUUCUACUCGAAGCUUGGUGAUGUGUUCUUUGGGCACUUCAAAGAGGGAUGGCGACACGGCCACUUUCUUCGUAUCAAUGUCCAUGGGACAAGGUCCGAAGAGCUAUGGGAUGAAGGUGUGCUCGUCAGCGAAACAACAUUGGAUCCGGAUGCUGAAAUUGGCUGA